CGCCGGAAGGGCGGCUGCUCUUGGAUUACUGCGCAGGCGCCAAGGGCUUCCUUGCCAACGGAAGUGGUUCGCCGCGGGCCGGAAGUGGGAGGAAGAGCGGCUGUGACUGUGUUUCAAAAUCUCUCUGUGGAUUUUCCUGCACGGAAGGCAGUGGUGACCCACUGGAUGACCUCCAAGGUCAGAAUGCUGCAGAGGAAGGAAGGAGACCCUCGUUGCCAAGAGGUGGUUCGGUUUGCAGUGCUUUGCAGAGUGCUCACACUUUUCCUCCAGGCCCUUUUCAACCUCCUGAUCCCCGACCAUGCUGCUGAUGCCUUCUCUCCACCCCGUUUGUCCGAGUACGGGUUUUGCGACAGGAUCUUGGAAUGGCUCCUGGGAGGCCUGUCACGGUGGGAUGCGGAGCACUUCUUGUUUAUAGCUGAGCACGGCUACGUGUAUGAGCACAAUUGUGCCUUCUUCCCCUUGUUUCCCUUGAGCCUGCGAGCGGCAGCGGAAACGGUGCUGUGGCCCUUCCAAGGCUUCUUAUCUCUCCAGAGCCGCCUGCUCCUUUCUGCAGCUCUGCUCAAUGGUCUGUUCUCUGCCUGGGCAGCAUGGACUCUGUAUAAGCUCAGCUGCGCAGUCCUGCAGUGCCGCAGGAAGGCGUUCCUGUCAGCCAUCCUCUUCUGCCUCACCCCUGCAAACGUCUUUAUGGCAGCUGCUUAUUCAGAAAGCAUGUUUGUCCUCCUAGUGUUUAGUGCCAUGUGGUGGCUAGAGAAAGGGCAGCAUUGGGCCAGCAGCCUCCUCUUUUCGCUAGCUGCUGGCGUGCGUUCCAACGGACUGAUCAAUGCUGGGUUCCUCCUCUAUUCCCAGACAAAACUCUUUGCCUCCCAGUUGCAGGCGAGGACAGGAACUGGAGCAAAGCCAUCACAGAUCUUGGGUCAAUUCCUAAACCUGGUAGCUUCCCUGGUGGUGAUGUCUGCCUCUGUUUUCCUGCCAUUUGCUUUGUUUCAGUUCUGGGCAUACCUUCGGUUCUGCAACACCACAUUUAGCCCUGAGUAUGCUGUGCCGGACCCACUGUUGCAACUGGCUGCACAUAAGGGGUAUCGUGUAGCAGCCUCAAAUGGUGUGGCACCACCAUGGUGCUCCUGGAACUUUCCUGUGCUCUACACUUACAUUCAAGAUACUUACUGGAAUGUUGGCUUCCUCAGGUACUUUGAGCCCAGACAGAUCCCCAACUUCCUGCUAGCUGCACCCGCCAUUGUGCUGGGCUCCUGGGCAGCCUGGCGGUACGUCGCUGCAAACCCCUGGCACUGCCUAACACUUGGCCUGCUGAGAAGAAAGACUGAAGGAAUGAAGGGAAAGGACUUGAGCAAGCCAGCUACUGGUUUUUACUCUCCUGGUGCAUUUGUUUACAUAGUCCACGCAACAGUUCUGUUGGUGUUUGGGACCUUCUGCAUGCAUGUGCAGGUCCUUACCAGAUUUUUGGGCUCCUCUUCUCCAGUACUUUAUUGGUUCUGUGCUCAUCUGCUUCAUGACUAUGAGCCUUUGCUACAAAAUGGGAGCCAAUCUUCACAGCAUGGAACACCCCACUCAGAUAAGCCCUCCCUUCCUAACUGGAACAGAAAUGAAAACCCUGUGCUCACACUUCUGUACAACUGGAGGCAGACUACCUCUCUCACUAAGUGCAUUCUGGGAUAUGUACUUUCCUAUUGGAUGUUGGGGCUGGUCCUUCACUGCAAUUUUUUCCCGUGGACAUAAGUAUGUAGAACUGGGUAAGCUGAUUGACUAGAGCAUUAACCGAGCAUUUUUCACCUUGGUAGUAUUGAAGCUAAUCAGCAUCUACAUGAAACUGCUAGGAGAGAGUUGGAGCUCACCUGUGUGCUGAUGGCAACAGAAUGUGCUAAUUCCUUUCUCUUCCAGCCAAGCCAGAGAGAGUAUUGAAGUGUUUUGUUUUUUCCUCCCAAUAGACACUCAGCAUUGUGUAGUUACUGAGCAUACUUAGUCCGCAAUUGGCUUUUGUCAUUCCUCCCCACCUUUAGUGUGUGGAGUUGUCAUUCUGUAAACCUUUGGGUUCUUCCACACCUGCUGAUAUCUCCGUCUUGUGUUUAGGGUAAAGGGGACCCCUGACCAUUAGGUC